GCGCUUAUGAACUGUUACUUAAUAAUUAAAUUCUAUUUAUAAAAAAAAAGUUUAAUUGAAACUAAUUAUUGCUAAACAGUUUAAUUGCAUAAGUAUAAAUAUCCAAGUGUUUUGAAAGAGUGUUUUAAUAAAAAAAGAAUUGUGGUUGCGAUGGACUGUAUUGAAAGAAUAAUAUUGGCUAGUAGUUCUAUCGAAACUGCGUACAGUAGGAAGAAUGGCCCGUCUACAUCUGAAUGGACUCCGCUACUGGGACGUCCCAAGAAUACAUCUGUGAACCUAGAAUCUUUAUUCGUGAUACCGCAGCGAUGGGUAAUGGCGAUCAUGGGUUUCCUGGCAGUAGCGAAUGCUUACACCAUGCGAGUGUGCCUGAACAUUGCCAUCACUCAGAUGGUGAGGAGACACGCGGCCACAGCAGCGUACGAGGUGGGGUCCUGCCCGGGAGACGUCGACGAAGUAGAAGCUGAUAGUUCGGAAAUAAGUGGCUUCAAUUGGGAUGAAGAGACGCAAGGCAUUAUACUCAGUGCGUUUUACUAUGGUUACAUAGUGACGCACUUACCCGGUGGGAUGCUCGCUGAAAGGUUCGGAGGGAAGUACUCACUCGGCUUCGGCGUGCUUAGUACUGCCGUCUUCACGCUGUUGACCCCGUGGGCGGUCAACGUGGGAGGUGCUACAGGACUCAUUAUUGUACGAGUCUUGGAAGGUCUGGGAGAGGGUACAACAUUCCCUGCCUUGAACGCCAUGCUGGCUCGAUGGGCCCCCGUGUCGGAACGAGGACGUAUGGGGUCACUGGUGUUUGGAGGGGCACAGAUUGGGAACAUUGCUGGGACGUACUUCUCCGGACUCGUCAUUAAGGAGACUGGCGAAUGGCAAUCAGUGUUUUACCUCUUCGGUAGCAUUGGCAUCCUGUGGUUCAUUUUAUGGGCGUUGCUGUGUUUCAAUGACCCCGAAUCACAUCCGUACAUAUCCGAUAAAGAAAAGAAGUAUUUAGAAGAAGCUCUCGGAAGACAUCACAACAGUCAGCCUUCAGCCAUUCCCUGGAAAGCAAUCUUCAUGUCCGUCCCCUUAUGGGCUUUAGUAUGCGCACAGAUCGGCCACGAUUACGGAUACUUCACAAUGGUGACAGAUCUCCCGAAAUACAUGACUGGAGUGUUAAAGUUCGACAUACACCGCACUGGGACUCUAGCUGCGUUGCCGUAUGCUGUCAUGUGGAUAAGCUCCAUCAUCUUUGGUUGGUUGUGCGACAAGAUCGUUAAAAGAAAGUGGAUGACAGUCACCAAUUCGAGGAAAACCUUUACGACUAUUGCAUCCGUCGGACCGGGCAUCUGCAUGAUUCUGGCCUCAUACUCGGGAUGCAAUACGGAAGCUGUUGUGAUACUCUUCACAGCAUCCAUGGGACUCAUGGGUGCCUUCUAUCCUGGCAUGAAAGUAAACGCACUGGAUCUGACCAGCAACUACGCGGGCACUAUUAUGGCUAUUGUGAACGGAAUCGGUGCCAUCACGGGCAUCAUCGCUCCAUAUCUCGUUGGACUGCUAACACCUGAUAGCACAUUAACACAAUGGCGAUUGGUGUUCUGGAUCACACUAGCCGUUUUCAUCGUGACCAACUUGGUGUUUGUCGCGUGGGCAUCUGGCGACGAACAGUGGUGGAACUCCUCGGCCCAAGACCCGAAAAAGCAAGAGGUUGAGGCGGCAACGAACCAAACAGUGCAAGUGCAACAAUGUGAAGUGAAAUUGUAAAGACUGUAGUGUCGACCAAACUGGUAGAGUGAAUGAAAUGGGUUGACAUGUUAGCGGAAAUGCUGAUUAAUAAUAUGGAAUAUCGAUAGUAGACACUGCUACUGAUAUUCAGACUUCUAAUACUUAGAGGAGUGAUUUAAAACAUUGAAAAAAUGUUUGAACACAAGACCUUAGUUUAAAUAAAUUGGCAUUAGCCAUCAAUUAAACUACACUGUACCUACAUAGGUACUCGAGAAAACUUGAAUAUUUUGAUUUUUGAGUUAAUUCGCAUACCGCGGUCAAAAAUCCCUCGAGAACGAACAAAAGUGAGUUGAGGAAAUGUUGAAGUACAAAGAUCUGGAUUUUGUGUAUCAUCUAAGUUAUAUUAUAGGUAAUUAUUAACUGUAGUAUAUUCCGAUAUUGGCGAUAUCCUCAGCCAGUGUUAUGUGAUAAUAAUAGUUUAAUAGCAUAUUCUGAUGACGUGAUAGGUGAACGUUCUAUGAAAAUUGAUAGUUAGAUAUCUACAUAUCAUAACGUAUUUUCUAUAGGUAAGUAAAUAGGUAAUGUAAAUAUACUUAUAGAUUGUUUACUUUUGGAAUUCUUUGUAGUUAGUGGUAAGGUGUUUGACAGUGGUAAAGCGUUUGACAGUAGUCAUCUCACCUUCGCGGCCAAAAUCCCCAUAUUAGAACUUUAAAGGUAGGCGUCCACAUUUUCGCAUCAUUUUCGCGCCCUCAUUUGCACGAGUUUUUUCAACGGACGUUAAAAAAGCGUUAAAAUUUAGUAUGAAGUUAAAUGAAGGUCUAUUUCCUACGCCCAAAAUUGAAAAUGCAACACUGCUCGAAAAAAGGCUGCCUGCCUUGUGUUUUAAAAACACUGUCGUGUGAACAUUUCCUUGAAAUGCAUUUGUUGUAUUUGAACGCUUUUUUAACGUCCGUUAAAAAAACUAAUAGUAACUAAGAAAUUCAGGUAAAAAGAACAAUAAUAUCAAUGCCUGUGUGAAGUGCACAGGCAUGGAUACUAUCAAUCAACCUUCGAUACAAUAAAGUUAUUCAAUUCAAUAACCUUAAAAAUCAAUGUUAGACUUUAAUUUUAAGUUAUUAGUCAAUAAGUCACUUAUUCACUUGGCAACAUUUGAUUUGUCGCAAUUUUUGUGCUAUGCUUGGCAACUUCGUCCAUAAUGUUGCUGUCAAGUUGCGCAUUUUCUAGUAAUGUUGCUCGGUGUUUGUUAACAUUGCUGAACAUUGUUAUGAAACUUCGAUAUUGAUCGUGUAAUGUUGUGGCUCCAAUAUUGCCAAAUGAAUACAAAGCUUUAUAUAAUCCUCUAGUUCAAUAUUAAUUAAUUUAACAAAAACAAACAAACAAAAUGCUUUUGUUGCGACUACUCUGUUCACGUAAAUCUUUAUUAGAAAGAAGAUUUACCCACUUUUGUAGGGUAGGUCAUUGUACAUUCCACUUAUGAUACAAAGAUAAGGAGAAACUUCUUACAUGCGAUUCUAGUUGGAAAAGAGUUCUAUUGAAAGUUUCAAGUUUGUAAACUACCUAGUUAAAAUUUAAAAAAUCGGCAUAAUGACGUAGUCAUCAUCUCCUUUGCCUCCUUAACCACAAUCACAUAAACCUAUAUAAAAAUAAACUAAAAAGUCAAAAAUAACAUCGUAUGUGCUACCUUCUGAUCACUUUGAAGGUGGUGCCUACACAUAGAUGCAUUAACUCAAGCCUUUGAAUUAAAUCAUUAAGUUUUAAGAUUUUCAGACGGUUUUUUCCUGUGCUUCUUUCGGAAACGUCUUUAAUUAAUACGCCUCUGGCUUGGCUCUGCCUUCAAAGUGAUCAGUAGGUAGCACAUAGAUGUUAUUUUUCGCUUUUUAAAUUAUUUUUGUAAUUUUGAAGUCGGUUAAAUUUUUUUGUUGAAAAAAUUUUAUUAUGAUAAAAAUAACUAAAACUCAAAUCGACUAGGUGUCGUAUUGGAACGAAGUUCCUUAUCGCGCGUUGCGAAAGGACGUUAGACGGAAUAAAUUAAGACCAAAAGUUGUAACGACACUUUUUGCUAUAGUUGUAAGACGUGCGGUGUGCGCGUCUUACUCGACGAAUAUUUUUGUUGAGUGUAUACAGGUUUUUUGUACAUAAUAAAUAAGAAAAAAUAAUAACAACUUCGUUCCAUCCGGGUGUACAUUGACGCUUCAAGUUCUAUUGAAUUUGUAUGGACCUUUCAUUUAUAAGGAAUUUUAAUACUGUUGAGUGUAAAUUUGAAGGUAUUUUUGAUACUCACAAAAACAUUAUGAUGUAAAUAAUUUGUAUUUAAUGCGUUCUUUGUAAGAGCACUUAAUAGGAAUCGAAACAUAGCAUAGGUAUUUGUUCACAUAUAUUUAUUGUGAAAAAAGAAAUUAGUGAAAGGCUGUGAACAAACUAUGAAUAAGUGUUAUUUUGGAUACGUUACACAAUGUGCAUUUUGUGCCAUUUCGUAUUAUUUGGUUAUAACAUUUAUUUAAUAUAGGCCAAGAGACAACGGUAAAGAAAUAAUUUCAAAGAUGAUUUUAUGCGUAUAAUUCGAACUCAUGCUACGUUUUAGAUAUUUCAAUUUAUCUUAGUUUUGUCUUCAAACUCAUCUCUCAACAAUUUUAUUAACUGUCGAUGUAAUUUACGUAAAUAUUUUAAAAAUUAUGUAGUACCUACAUAUUCUACAUAAAAUAUGUAUGUCUGAAAUGUAGUAUGUAUUAGCUCGACUGAAAUACCUAUUAGACAUGAAAAACAACACAAUUAGGUAUACAAGUUACUUAAAGAUAAUUCUCAACUAUUCUGUAAAAAACUGUAUACUUAGUUAUUACAAUUUUUUUAUUAUAAGAUAAUUUUUUUAUUAUAAGAUUUUUACCGUGCGUCUCUUAUACUACAAACUCUUCAUUACAUUGAAUAUUGUUAAUUAUAAAUGGUUAUGAAUCUGAAUAGUAAGCAAUUGUAUUUAUGAGUAUAACAUCUGAGAUAUUAGGUUAAUUUUGUACAAUAUUACUAUUGGUAUUAAUUGUUAAAUAAAAAUCUGAUGUAAAUGUA